GUAGGUUCCUAGGACGGGACAUGGAAUGAUGGACCAUGAGGAAGACGGAGACGUCGCGAUCAAUCUCUCGACCAAUCAAGCGCCAAGAUCUGCGGACACUCCCAACGGAAAUGCUGAACCGGAGGAUGGAGAACCACAGGGCUCUAAAGCUCAAGGAGGCAAGCGGUCCAGGCCGGCCAACCACAGCGAUAAGCCCGGAAGCAACGAAUCCAACAUACCUCCUCUGUUGAUGAUGAAUUCGCAGCUGUUGGCUCAACAUCAGCUGCAACAGCUGCUGCAGCAACCUUCGCCCACGCAGCUGCAGCAGUUGCUGCAGCAGCAACAGUCCAUUUUUCUACAGCAACAGCAGCAGCAACAUCAGCAGCACCAGCAGCUUAAGCAGCUGGAAUCGGUCAUUCCGCACAUCCAGGAGCAGAUAAAUCUCAACAUCAUGCAGCAAAGCCAGAUCCUCCAUCAGCUGAAUGGAUUGAAUAACGGCUUGCCGGGUCUCGGAUCAUCAGACAAGAAAGCCAAUCGACAGCAGCUACAACUACAGCUGCAACAGCUGGCGCUUCAACAGCACCAGCUCAUGCAGCAGCUACAGCUGAGCAAUCGACAGUACAUGAUCAACCUACAGCCUUUUAUGCUUCCGCAAGGUCUUAACGCCAACGAUGUUUGGAAAGACGGUUCCGGUGAAGAAAGUGGGACACCUUUGAAUGGUAUGAUGCAUGGAGGGUCCCCUGGAGGACGCCCUGUUGUAAAUGGUGGUGCGCCUCAGCACGAAAAUUAUUCUGUAUCCCCGGUGAGCACAGCAUCUUCUUCUUCAUCCCAAAGAAGCCUACCUCCAACUCCUAAAGAGGACCAGAGAGGGUGUGUGAGUCCUCCAAGUCACGCCCUCUAUGGACAUGGGGUCUGCAAGUGGCCUGGUUGCGAAACCGUUUGUGACGACUUCCAGGCUUUCAAAAAGCAUCUGAAUUUAGAGCAUCAGCUGGAUGACAGGAGCACCGCCCAGGCUCGCGUUCAGAUGCAAGUGGUUUCUCAGCUAGAGCUGCAGCUUUCGAAAGAGAAGGAACGCCUCCAGGCCAUGAUGCAGCACCUUCAUAUGAAACCGUAUUCCAGCAGCACAAAUAACAACGUAUCCUCCAACAAUCACCGCAGCUCGCCUUCCAAGAUGGAAAACAAUUUGGCCUCCAGUUUAAAAUCCGGUCCCCCCUCUUCGCCACAGAUGGCCCUCGUUCCGGCCGUAAGCAGUUCUCCGCCAGCCCUUUCUGCUGUCAUGACGACCAUGUCGAAUGCGGGGCCCCUCAUGGCUACCGUCCCACAGAGGCUGGGCCCUCCUCCGCCAUUACACCCGCCCAAUCCAAAUGCCAUCGGUCCCGUUCGACGGAGACUAAGUGACAAGGGCUGUCCGCCUCUCUCAGGUCUAAAUAGCUGGAGUACUUUUAGAGGAUCUGAUGGUCACACUGGACGAUCAUUAAUUGACCAAUUUGA